UUGAGAAGGUGAGAAAGUAUCAAUGGGUGAUGUGAUAAUGGCGGAAAAGGGAGAUGGUAUAGCGAGUGAGGACAUAGAAGAAACAAGCAAGCGGUUGUUCAAACUUUGCAUGCACGGUGAGUGGACGGAAGUGGUGGCAACGUACGAGAAGGACAAGAAGGCUCAAACAGCAAAAAUAACGAGGACAGGUGACACUGCAUUGCAUGUCGCCGUCAACGACCGCCAAUGCGACAUCGUGAAAAAACUGGUGGCGCUUAUUCGUGACAAGGAAAAGGGUGAACGUGAGGCACUGAGAAUCAAGAACGAGAGAGACAACACGGCCUUGCACUUUGCGGCUUCGAUCGGGAGCAGGAAAAUGUGUGAGUACAUUGCUUCAGAUGAGGCUUCGUUGCUGAGUAUGCGCAAUGUUGAUGGCGAGACACCUCUCUUUCUGGCUGCUCUCCAUGGCAGAAAAGAAGCUUUCCUUUUCCUUCAUUAUCGAUAUACCUCUGACAACACCGACCGCUACAGCUACUGUAGAAGAUAUGAUGGUGACACAAUUCUUCAUUCUGCCAUUGCCGGAGAUUAUUUUGAUUUGGCAUUCCAAAUAAUUCAUUUAUACGGAGAUCUUGUAAACUUAGUGAACGAGAGUGGGUUAACUCCUCUUCAUCUCCUGGCAAACAAGCCUUCUGUUUUCAAGAGUGGUUGCCACUUGGGACGGUUUGAAAGAAUUGUUUAUAAGGCUAUAAUCGUGAAGAAACUCACAGAACCAGAACCACACCCUACUGAGGACCAACUUCCAAUAACUGAAGAAGAAAAUUUCAGUUAUCCGAAAAAUUUCGAGACAUGUACGGAUCUUUUGACGGUGGUAAAAGUUGUGACCACGCCCUUGACACAUUUUCUACGUAAAAUUUUGCCGCAUGGUGGAACAGAAAGAGACCUCGAAGCAUCGAAAAAGACUGCUACAAAUAAUGAAGCGGAAACAAAAUCUCCAGGGUCUGAAACCAGCGAUUGGCAACAUCCAUUAUUUCCCCCCAAUUACCAAAGAUGUGUAGAUUUGUUCAAGAUUGUAUUUGUGAUCAUGUCGGUUAUCUUUGGAACAGGGUCAGCAAACAUAAAGAGGAUAACUAGAAGGAAGGAAAAACACGUGUGGUCCGCUCAAAUAGUAGAUGUUCUUCUGGCAAAAGCUUCCACGUAUGAGUAUGCUGACGAUGGCAGCGUACCCGAGCAAAAAUUGGAGAAUAAAGAUCACCACACAAACCCUUAUUGUUUUGAUGAGUGGGGUAAUGUUACUUGGGACCGUAACACCGAAGACAAGCAACAAAAGAAUGGGAACGAGAAGAUUAACAUGGAAGAAAAGGUGCGUGAGACACCGAUAUUAAUAGCUGCAAAGAACGGAGUGACAGAAAUGGUAGAGAAAAUCAUGGAGUCGUUUCCUGUAGCUGUUCAUGAUAUGGAUGCGAAUAAGAAAAAUAUAGUGUUAUUGGCAGUGGAGAACAGGCAAACCUACUUAUAUGACUUAUUGCUCAAGAAGAAAAAUCUGAAGGAGAGUAUAUUCGGGAGUGUGGAUAACGAAGGAAACAGUGCUUUGCAUUUGGCAGCCAAGCUUGGAGACUAUAAACCUUGGCUCUUUCCUGGCGAAGCCCUGCAAAUGCAUUGGGAAAUCAAGUGGUACCUGUUUGUCAAGGAAACGAUGCAACCGCAUUUCUUUAGACGGUACAACAGAAAAAACAAGACACCAAGGGAUAUUUUCAGCGAGACUCACAGGGACCUUCUCAAGAGUGGUGGAGAAUGGCUAAAAAAAACCUCGGAAUCCUGUUCCGUGGUAGCAGCACUGAUAGCCACGGUGGCAUUUUCCACUUCCACCACUGUCCCCGGUGACUUUAAAGAUGACAUAGGGACCCCAACUCUUGGAUACAGACCAGAGUUUAAAGUCUUUGCCAUCUCAUCUCUCAUUGCUCUAUGCUGUUCUGUCACCUCAAUGGUGAUUUUCCUCUCAAUACUCACAUCUCGGUAUCAAGAGCGUGAUUUCGGUAAAAUUCUUCCCAGGAAGCUUAUCCUGGGUUUGACAUCGUUGUUCAUGUCCAUUACCUCUAUAAUGGUCUGUUUCUGUGUUGGUCAUUUCUUUAUCCUAGAGGGCAAACUCAAAUCAGUUGCAUUCCCUGUCUAUGCCGUGACAUGCCUGCCGGUGACACUUUUUGCCUUGGCUCAAUUUCCACUCUACAUCGAUCUCAUAUUGGCUACUUUAAAGAAAGUGCCACAACGUGGCUACAAAACCCCUCUACAAUAGCUGUACGACCAGCAUUAUAGCAGAGCUAAAAUAAUACUGCAUGUAAUCGCAUUGUCGAUAUGUGGAGCUUAAUGCAGACCUUGCAUUUAUAGACUACACAAAUAAAAUUGAUAUUUCAAUAUAUGUUUGCGUAAUGUUAAUUGUUUCUUAUGGUAUUUUAAAACAUAAUUGAAAUUUUUGUUUUGACACACAAUUUUAUAGAAGACAAAUCCAGCAAUAAACAUUAAAGGAUACCCAGUAAGUAAUACUUAGGGAGACACCCACACAAACUACGUGCUGAGUUUUACUUUCUUGACCUUUUCAGCUCGUCCAAAGAAUAUAUCUGUCUAGUGUCUUCAAAUAUAGUUUGAGAAGAAUUAGGACACAGGAAUUUUAACAACUCAAUUUGCAUCCUUACCAUGCUAGAGAAACCAGAAGGUCCAAAAUAACAACUCUAGAAGACAACAGUAUCAAGCAUCAUUCCGAGAGUUUGAACGAUGUUGGAAGACAUCAAAUUUGAGACGUGCUCUUCAAGGUGCUUCUUUGCAUCCUGUCUUCCCACAUUAGCUAUUGCAAGCUUUUCUGGAGGCAGCUCAUCUUCCUCUUGAACAGCCUUGUUAUAUUUGAUA